AUGACAGCGGGACCCACUGACCAGGUGGUUUUAGAUUAAGCCAUCUUCCAACAAAGAGAACGAAAACAGAAAACCCAGAACCAUGAGUUACCAGAGACCUCCCCAAGAUCCUUACCCUCCUCCAGGUUAUUCAUCUCCUUACCCUCCGCCGGGGUAUCCAUCGGCGCCACCGCCGCCUCCGUACGAGGCCUACCCACCUCCGCCGCCUCAGCCGACGGGAUAUCCGGGGUAUCCCCCGCCGCCGCCGCGUCACCAGCAUGAAGGGUACCAAGGUUAUUUCACUGAAGGGUAUCCUCCUCCUCCACCACCACCUCCAGGUCCUCCGCAGUACCAGCACUGCUACCAUGAGCAUUAUCAUUGCUCAGAUCAAUAUGAACCAGGGUGUUUCUCCUUUUUACGAGGCUGUUUGGCCGCGCUUUGUUGCUGCUGUAUUUUAGAGGAAUGCUGCUUCUAGUUCUUCUGUAAUUGUUGUUGUAAGAAAUUACUGUCUUAAGUGUUCUUUUCCUACAUUUAGCUGAUGAUGUGUGAUGUUACACGGCUGUUUCUGAUUGACUGUAAAAUGGUGUUCAUGGGAUCUGGUAAUGCUUUUUCUUGUAUGCUUUAAUGGGGCACCUCGCCCACUUAAUUAUUUGUUUUAUUCCCAUAAGUUCAUAAUAAGAGUUAUCACUAUUAUUUUUAGCUUUUUA